AUGGGGCAACACAAGCUAAUGAAUGGAAUGCUGUCGCCAAGGAUGACGAGAUGGUGUCUGAAAUUAGGGUGCUAUGAUUACGACUUGUGCUAUCGGAAGGGCACCACAAACCAAAAUGCCGACGCCUUCAGUAGACUGCCGUUGCCAUCCAUGACAAAUGAACCGUAUAGACCGGGUGACGUGCUCCUGUUGGACACGUUAGAAGGACCUGUUCUCACGGCUAAAACUCUAGAAAAGAUGACUCAGCAAGAUCCGGUGCUGUCAGCAGUUCACAGAGCAUUGCGAAACGGUAGCCUUCACAAGUUACGGGGACAAGGCUUCGACCAAUACAAGAUACGCCGUCGGGAGCUGGCUACGGAAGGUGAUUGUGUGACCAGAGGUUCAAGAGUUGUGGUUCCCCCGGCUGCUCGAGAGCAGGCCUUGAAACUGGUGCAUUGCGGACACAGGGGCAUAGUCACAAUGAAAGCUUGUGCUCGAAGCUACAUGUGGUGGCCGGGAAUCGAUCGUGACAUUGAGCAACUCGUACGUGGCUGCUCCAAAUGCCAGGUCGAUCGUCGCUCUCCGCCCCGAGCUCCGCCACCGCUGUGGACAAGACCGACGGAACCCUGGAAGACCAUUCACAUCGACUUCGCCGGACGGGUUGACGGGCGAACGUAUCUACUGGUUGUUGACGCCUACACGAUGUGGCUGGAAGUUAGGCGAAUGACAAGUACUACGGCCGCCGCUGUGAUUGAACAGCUACGGUAUAUGUUCGCCACCUUCGGAAUUCCGCAGGUAGUCGUGUCAGAUAAUGGGUCGGUGUUCCUAUCGGCAGAAACCAAGAGAUUUUUCAUAGCAAAUGGCGUCGAGCAUCACACAAGUGCUCCGUAUCACCCGGCCACUAACGGCCAAGUAGAGCGCAUGGUGGCGGAACUGAAGAGGGUUCUGAAACGGGAUAGUGCGGGACACGUUGACAAGUGCCUGGCGCGGUUUAUGUUCAAGCAGCAUACUACAAUCAACGCCACCACAGGCAAGUCGCCAGCAGCCAUGAUGUUCAGCAGGGAGCUUCCGUCGCCGCUGUAG